AUGCCUGGAAUGCCUGGGACACAAGGAACUCACUUGUUACGCCGCGCCGACGGCAGCGCUUUUGUUCCCGGCCUUUUACAGGAUACAAACGUGCAGAGUCAAGCAGGCAUCGCUGGCUCUUCGCGGGGUGACCGCGUUUCCACCAAAACGUCAAGGGACCACGAAAUUUACCUCCAGGAACUUGCUGCUGCAGUUGCGGCUAGAGAUGAGACUGUUCAACGUGUAGAAGCGUGGACGGUACAAUCAGAUACGGAAGACAAAACGGCGGAAUUUGCAAGAAAAGGGGGUGGAGGUGCCCGACCAAAAGAAGCUCGUCGUUACAAGCAAGAUCCCCGAGCCACACACACAAUCGAAUCCCCGGAAAUCCCGGAACCAUCCGAAGAAAUCUCGUUACCAUCGCCGUCUUGCGAAAUGAUGGCACAAGCAGACUUCGUCCUCCCGGUCAGAGACGUCAAGAGAAUGAUCGCCGAAUACGAAAUGUUCAUCCAGAGUGGAGUGAGCAGACUGACCUCUGAGAGCUCCCGGGCAACGUACACCAGACUGUCAAAGCCAGUGCCAGCAGCCCGAAUCGAAUUCGAACAAAUCCAUCCCUCGUUGCGUUGGACAGCAGGGUCUGCAUCCAGAAAAGCCCCCGGAUCUCCCGGCACCGCUGUGCCAGCAGGCGGAAUUGAAUUUGCACAAAUCCCGGAAAGCGCGGCGCAACAGGCUGGUAGAACUGUAACCAUGCCAGUCCUCAGACCACCAAGUAAGCCAGCUCGCUCAGGCACAGUUCAGUCGGUACGAGUCCUCAAAACAGGCAAAACACUGCAGUCCAGUGAAGUGGAAUCCACGGAUAUCCGGGAAUCAUCCGAAAAGGCGGAGCAUUCAGGCAGAACUGAAUCUGUAGAACUCCCGCAAUCACUGCGGAAAACUGUCGAUACAGGCAGAACCGGAUACACGCGAGUCCUCAGACCUGGAAAGACGAUGCAGUCAAGUGAAGUUGAAUCCGCGCAAAUCCCGGAACCAUCUGAAAGAACGGGGUAUUCAGACAGAAGUGAGCCUGAGGAGCUGCCGAAAUCAUUCCGGAAGACAGUCGACUCAGGCAGUGCUGAAUCCGAGCGGGUCUUUACAUCAAGCAAAACGCUGCACCUACGUGAAAGCAAAUCCAAGAAAACUUUGAAACCAUACGAAAGACCGAUACAGCCAGGCAGGACCGAAUCUGCGGAACUGCCGAAGUCACAGCAGAAGACUGUCGACACAGGAAGAACUGGUUUCACGCGAGAUUUCAUUUCCAGCAAAACAUUGCAGUCCAGCGAAAUCGAAUCACCGCAAAUCCCGGAACCAUCCGAAGUGAGGAGGCAUCCAGGCGGAACUGAAUCUGCGGAACUACCAGGAACACCCCGCAAGACGGGCCAACCAGACAGAAGUGGAUUUACGCAAGAAGACAGUUCUGACAAACCGACGGAGCCCGAUGAAUUCGAAUUCGCAAAAAUCCUUGGAUCAUUCAAAAAGGCAGCGCAUUCAAGCAGAACUGAAUCUAUGGAAAUUUCGAAGUCACACCGGAAGACUGUCGGCACAGGCGGAGCUGAAUUCACACGAGAUUUCAAACCUGGCAAAAGGUUGAAGCCCAGUGAAAUCGAAUCGGCUCAAAUUCCGGAACCAUCCGAAAAGGCCACCCUUUCAAGCAAGGCUGAAUCCGUGGAAAUCCCGAGAUCACGCUGGAAGACUGUUGACACAAGCAGAACUGGAUUCACACGAGAUUUCGUUUCCGGCAAAACGUUGCAGUCCGGUGAAAUCGAAUCGGCGCAAAUCCCGGAACCAUCCGAAAUGAGGAGGCAUUCAGGCAGAACUGAAUCUGCGGAACUACCAGGAGCACCCCGCAAGACGGGCCAACCAGGCAGAAGUGGAUUUACGCAAGACGGCAGUUCUGAUAAACCGACGGAGCCCGAUGAA